AUGACAGCAGCCACAGGACACCAGCAGCAGUACCUGCAGGCUCCAUCUCAGGCUGCAGCUGCAGCAGCAGCAGCUGCAGCUGCACAACUAGUGUCUCCUGCUGCCAUGCUUGCAGCUGCCAAUGCUGGGCAUGUGUACCAACCUGAGCAGUUCUACCAGAUGUCAGCAGUCAAUGGUGCACUCACCACUCACUCACCUUACCAAAAUGGGCUCACUGCUGCUGACUAUCCUGCUGUGGCUGCUGCUCAAUUGUUGCAGUCCCAACAAGCACAGAGUUAUGCAGCAGGGUUUGCAGCCAGUCCACACUUGACAGCCAUGGCUGCACACUACCAGGCUCCUGCCACUUCAGUAGCUGACUCCAGACUCCAGUGAAGACAAUAAGGGAGGAAAGAGCAAGCAAAGAAGACAGCAAAGCAAGACUGUCAAUCUUAUCUUCAACUGUUUUUUUUUGUUAAAUCUAUAUCUCUGUUUGUUUGUCUGAAAGCAAGGGUUGUGCGAGAGAUCAUCAGUGGAUCAAGGGUUGUGUGUGGGUGGGUGGGGCAAAGGUGUUUUAGCUCCUCCCCCUCUCUGCCUUACAAUUAUUAUUUUUUUUCAUUUUCACCAAUCCCCCCUUUUUGGGAGCUGUUUUCUUUGUUUUCUCAAACUCUUUUUUAUUUUUCCUUCCAUGUAUAAAUUCCACCAUCAGAUGCUCAGGGUGCUUAAAGAAAAGACAAUUGUUGUUGUUCUUGGGGAGGCCAGUGGGUGGAGCCUUCAUGAAAAACCCUCCCCUUUGCACAAGAAUGGACCAAAAUAUGACACAAAAGGUGGAGUGUCUUAUUAUUGUCAAGCUCCUUCCCUUUGUAUACCCAGAAGAUAUUGUUGUUCAUGUAAAAAUCAGUUACCAUGGAAAUGGGUUCAACCACUUGAUGGGAGGAGGAUGUAAAAAGAAAGAAGAAAAAAAGGAGCCAAAGAAGGAAGUUUCUCCCAAGCAUUGUUUCUCUAAAUAUCAUCAAACAGCUUUUGUGUGGAUAGUCAGUGGUUCAUUAUUGGAAUGCAUACAAGGGAGGAAGGGGACUGCUGGUCUUGGGCACAAAGCUCCACCCACUUGUUGAAUUGGAUGGAGGAAACCCCUCUUAUUCUUUUUCCUGAAAUGUUCACCAAACAAGUUCUUCUUGAAACAUGGAAAAGACUUUCCAGGAGUCUGGCACACCUGGUGAUGUGUGUGUGGAGGGGGGGGGGGGAAUGAUUGGGGAGAGGGGGGGGUAAGAAAGUCUGAGCAUUCCCUUGUCUAUUUUUAGGUCAUUACAAGCAAGGCAUCUGUGCCUUGCAUUGGUUACCCCCCAGCUCAAAACAAGAUAUAAAAAAAAAUACCUGUUGCAAGUGGCUAUUUUGUAAAUACCCCCACUUCCUGCACUUGUACAUACAUUUUAAGGCCAAGCACUUAGUGGUUUCUUUUCUCCUUUUUCUUUUGGGCCUUAUUCUCAGCAAGGUGCCUUUUGAUGGGUAGCGCUCUGUGAUGCUGCCAGUUGCGCCCUUGGACAUCUGGGAGAGGGAGGGAGAGAGAGAGAGAGAAAGAGAUUGAGAAAAAGUGGUCAUGCUCAUAGGUGAUAUCAGGGGGAAGCAAAGUGCACUUGACCUUCAUUUUGUCUGCUCACUUGGGAAUGAUGAAAAGAAACAGCAACAAACAAGAAAAAUUACUGUUGGCCAACACCAUCAGUGCCUUUUUAUUGUUGGGGACUCAGGGACUACCAUUUGGUGUGGUGGCACAUCUGAGGACCCUGCACCAAAACACUCCACCAGCUUGUUUUCUUUUUUUAUUUCUCUCUUUAUUUGUUUGUUUUUUUUCUAUGCUUAUUCUUUCGAUGCUGGUGGAAGUGGAAACUCACUCAUGGUCUUCAUUGGUUGGGGGGAGGAUGAUGGGAUGAGUAAAUACAAAAGUCCUUCUAAUUUCCAAA